AUGGGAGAUUCCCAAAGUUCUAGUGGAUACAAUUACUUUUUCGGAGAGGCUGAUGAAAUCACGAGGAAAAUCGAGGAAUAUCAAAGAGAACGUGGUAGAGUCAAUAAUUCUCCAGUGCAUGUGUUAGACAAUUCUCCAAUGAUUACUUAUCAUCAUCAAAACCAACCUACAAUGUCUACACAUUAUUAUAAUCCCAAUUCAUCGGAACAUUAUACUUCACAAGACAUUUCUCGUUCUGGUUAUCAUCAUCAGUUUCAAAACCAACCAAACACUCGCCAUAGGCAAUGCUUCAAAUGUUGGAUAUCGUGGCUAAUGUUGAUGCCAAGGCGGUUGUUCGUACCACGAUCAAUACCCACACUUAUGCCUUAUAACGAUUCUCCACAUUCAUUCUCAGGAUAUGAACACUUGGAAGAUGAAUCAAACCAACAUUCACUCGAUGAAAUAAUAGAGCGGAUAGAAGAGCGUGAAAGAGGAAACACAAGUGUAGGUGAAGGAUUAACAGAGGGACAAAUUUCUCAAUUACCUACCAUCAAGUUUAAACCUUCUCUAGAAGAUAAAAUGUGUAUGAUAUGCCAUUCAGAUUAUGUUCGCGGAGAUAAAUUAACAAUUUUACCCUGUACUCACAAAUACCACAAAGAUUGCAUUAGUCAUUGGCUCCAAAACAGUAAGCUUUGCUGCGUUUGCCAAAGAGAAGUGAUUGUAUAACAUUAGCUUUGAUCAACAGAA